UCUAAACAUUAGCUGGCGUCCGGAGGCCGAGGGGUCGAGCAAGAGAAGCGAAGGUGUUUUUUUUCCGGAAAAUAAGCCCCUUGCUUUUACAUAAAAGUCUGCUCGGAGCCGUUUCUAAUCCGCAACGAUGUCUACUCCAGCGCGAAGACGGCUCAUGAGGGAUUUUAAAAGACUCCAGGAGGACCCCCCGGCCGGAGUUAGUGGUGCCCCUUCAGAAAACAACAUCAUGGUGUGGAACGCAGUUAUAUUUGGACCAGAGGGGACUCCCUUCGAAGAUGGUACUUUCAAGUUGACUGUAGAGUUCACAGAAGAAUACCCCAAUAAGCCACCCACAGUCAGAUUCAUUUCAAAGAUGUUUCAUCCAAAUGUAUAUGCCGAUGGAAGUAUAUGUCUCGAUAUUCUACAAAAUCGCUGGAGUCCGACUUAUGAUGUUUCUUCCAUUCUCACGUCGAUCCAGUCAUUGCUUGAUGAGCCAAACCCAAACAGUCCAGCCAAUAGCCAGGCGGCCCAGCUAUACCAGGAGAACAAACGGGAGUAUGAGAAGCGUGUUUCAGCCAUCGUCGAGCAGAGCUGGAGGGAUAGUUGACCUCUCACCGAAGAAUGCAGAACUUUGUGCGAUGCUAGUUAACAGAGUGAAUUGUGAAGCAUCUCGUUGCACCUCUCCCUCUCUCUGUCUCUCACUCACUCCUUUCAACAUACAGCUCAAAUGCACUUUACCCCACCCAUCCCCCCACUUUGGAGUACUUGCUCUGUUCUAUUCAGCCUUGACCACCUGGCCACUUUCUGUCCAAGAAGUAACCAAAUACGAUGCUGGCCUUUUACCGUAGAAACAUAUGCAAGGGCCUUUUUUUAAAGAAGUGGAGUUAAACUCCUCAGGACUGACAUGGUACUGGCCUGCCAUUGUUGCAUUUGUCUGUGCCUGGUUUGGAACUGACCUACAAGCAACCCCCACAAAUUAUGCUGUAUUGUGUGCUGUUACAUGCCUGGAAGUGUGAUUUUAUAUUCCAUGAUGUGUUUGUCAACUUGCCUCUCAUGUAUCAUAUUGUAAAAAAUACACUUUGAAGUUCAUGUACA